CCACAGCCACUAGAACUACUACCACCACCACCACCACCACCACCACUCCUCCUCCCCCUCCCACUACUACUUUUCCUACUACUUCUGUAACUACUACUGCUACUACUGCUGCUGCUGCUGCUACUGCUACUUCUUUCUCGAGACACGGUGGACAGAACUCGUUGUUUACGUUUGACGACGACGACGACGACGAUGACAAUGACGUCGACUGGAACGAGGAAAAGAUGAUACUGAGGAGGAUGAAGAUGAUGAAGAUGAUGGAAGACGAGGAAGAGGAUGAUGAGCCAGGCGAGAGAAGCCCAGGUGCGCCAGGUGUGAAGAAAGACGGCAAGAUGCAGGAUUUAACCUAUGGUGAUCUGGGAUAUUUUGCGAUGGGGUGGUUUGGCAGACUGGUGGUUGAUAUUGUACUGCUGGUGUCACAAAUCGGUUUCUGCUGCGCCUAUCUAAUAUUUAUCUGUGAGAACCUGUCUGACAACAUCAAAGGGUUGUCGAUGAGCUCAUUUCAGUUAGAAAUCAGAUCUGCGUUCAGAGUUGGGUGUCUGGCGAUUCUCCUGUUUUUCCUUUGUCCGCUCGCGUUCGUCCGACACUUAAACACUCUUUCCAUAUCAAGUUUUUUAGCUCAAUGUUCCAGUCUGUUGGCGUUUGCUGUUGUCUUUUGGUUCGACUUACAACACAUUCAUCAUGUUGUAAUUCAUCCCAAGAAAAUCUCCUUGGCUGGUUUCCCAUUUUUUUUAGCAAUCUCAAUAUAUUGUUAUGAGGGUGCUGGGAUGGUCCUCUCCCUAGAAUCAUCUGUCAUCAAAGAAAAACGAAACCGUUUCAGUUUUGUUUUCAUAUCAACCAUGAUAUUGGUCACAUUCCUGUACAUAGCAUUUGGUGUUUGUGGAUAUUUAUCAUUUGGAAAAGCGACCAACCCCAUCAUCACACUCAAUCUUCCAAAAGGGAAGUCACUGGACUUUGCAAUGAUAGUCAAGUCAUUUCUCUGCCUGUCAAUGUUUUUCACAUACCCAGUGAUGAUGUUUCCAGCUUCUAAACUUCUCGAAAAUCACUUAAUCAAUGAACCAGAGAAAUACCUUUGGAAAGGGAAUAUCCUCCGAAUGUUACUGGUGCUGCUCACAGGCAUCGUAGUGGUUACCAUUCCUGACUUUGCCAACCUGAUGGCCCUCAUUGGUGCUACCUGCUGUACACUGCUAGCAUUUAUUCUUCCCGGUCUCUUUCAUUUUAUCAUUUUCAAAGGGUCCACGACGUUAUUGUUGCAGGUGAUUGACGUUGCUUUGAUAAUUAUCGGAGUGAUAGGGGCUUUUGUUGGGACCUACGACGCAGUAAACCGGCUCUCAGCUUCAAACUCACACAGCAGUUUGCAUUUGCUCAACCUCACUGCGCAUCACGUCGCACAUGGCGCAGUGCCUAAAUAGUAGCUGUAGUGCUGGUGUGGCUGUGUGCAUGAGUGUUGAUGUGGCAGUGACGGUAGUGGCGGCAGCGGUGGCGAUUGUGGCUGUAGUGGUUGUUGCUGUUGUUGUUGUUGUCGUGCUCACUUGCAGGAUCUGUUACCGCAAGUUACUUGCAGCCAUUUUGCAGCAGAUGUGCACAGGUAUUUACAAUCCAUGUGCAGCAGAUUUGCAAGUUGAUUGUAUGGCUGCGGGCAAAGACUUGCCUAAAGCCGAAACGGCAGAACAGGAACCAUGGCAACUGAAUGGCGGAUGUUGCAGAAGGAUGCUUUUAUUUUGAAACAAGCAACAGGUGCAGCUGGACUGGAGGUGUUCGGCGGUCAGUGACCCUUAUGAGUGACCUGGGGCUAAAAGUACAACAACAAUGUCAAUUGUUGUUGUUUGAUCAUAGGCUGGCUGGACCAAGACUGACCUAGGGCUAAACAGCAACAAGGAAGGACACAUUAGAUAAUGUAGUCCUAGAUACACUAUGCCUGAAUAAAAUAUGGGAUGGUCAUGGCUGGAACAUCUUCGGUUAUAGAUCUACUAGAUCAGAGCUUAUUUUGAUCUGAACAACAAUAGUAUGAAAGGACACAUUAGAUAAUGUAGUCCUAGGUUCACUGUGUCUCAAUGAAAGACAUGUUGGUCACGGCUGGAACGUCUUCGAUCAUAGGUCUGCUGCGUUAGGACUGACCUGGGACCAAACAACAACUCCUAUGCUGACCCCAUGGCUGUUUAGAAUGCAGGCCACUGCAGUUCAAAUCGCAAGCAUUGUGUGACUGCCACUACUUCACUGCAACAUUCCACGUUGUACUAACCAUACAACGUGUGGAAACAGAUCUGUGUGUGUGUGUGCGUGCGUGCGUGUAUGCAUUUAACAUAUCAGUGUGUGUGCGUGUGUGUAUAGAUAUGCGAAUGUAUGUGUGUGCAUGUAUAUAUAUUUGUGUGUGUGUGUGUGUGUGUAUCUUCUAGCUACAUUUAAACACUGCCAAAUGCAUAGUUGUAUAUGUGUGUGUGUAUAUAUAUAUAUAUGCGAUGUGUGUGUGUAAGGGGUAUGGGCACAAUGAUACAUUCUG